AUUGGUAACCUCUUGACAACAUCGGCCUAUUGUCGUCUAUGGCAAGUCCUACAAACAAACUCAACAUGCUGUCGCCCGUGGCGGCUGGCAUCUCCCCUCAGCCUAAGGGUUUUGAACCCAUGAAGACCCCCACACAGGACAUCGAAGGCGGUGCCCUUCGUGCCGGUGGUGCCAUCAACGUCUGGAGCCGCGAGUACAUCGGUAUCAUAGUGCAGUACGCUGCAGUGGGUAUGAUCUACGGUACACUACCUGGAACCGUCUACCCGUUCCUGUUCAACUACCUCAAUAUGGAAAGCACCCAAGUGGUGUCGGCCACCGUGCUGCUCAACCUUCCGUGGUCAUUCAAGCUCUUCUACGGUAUCAUUACGGACUGUGUACCGAUCAUGGGUUACCGUCGUCGUCCGUUCAUGAUCAUCGGGUGGACGCUGUGCUUUAUCAUGCUACUAGUCAUGGCGUGCAUGAAGGCCGGAGAUCCGUACUACCCGGAGUAUGCAUAUGCUUCGAUGAACGUCACCACUUUGUCGCCCGAUAUCAUCGCCUCUUUCAACACGGACGCGCCCUCCACUGGCAGCAAGUUCAUCGUUCUCAUGAUGCUUGCUGCUAUCGGCUACGUUGGUGCUGACGUUGCUGCUGAUGCCAUGAUGGUUGAAGUUGCCCAACGGGAGCCCGAAGCUACACGCGGUUACACCCAGACUACGAUCUACAUGGUCCGCACGGUGUUUGUGACUAUCUCCAGCAUCUUGACUGGUUUUGCGUUCAAUGGUACCCACUACGGCGGCGACUUUGACUUCUCAUUGAGCUUCCCUCAGCUCAUGAUUAUCCUGACUGUCGUCUGUCUACCCGUCAUGCCACUUACAUGGUUUUUCAUCAAAGAGGAGAAGCAUGAGGGUAUGGUGUUCAGCACCUACUUGAAGGAGCUUUGGACUCUCAUCCAGACACGUCCGAUGUACCAGGUCAUUGCGUACAAGUUUUUCUCCGGUAUUUUUGAGAAUUUCACAAUCACUUCGUCUUCGGCUAUGCAAGCCUACUGGGCCGGCGUGACGCCUUUGAACGAGAAAAUUCUCGCCAUUAUUGGCCACGGCAUUUUCGCUGUGACUCUCUACUGCACGGGUAAGUAUGGUCUCCACUGGAACUGGCGGUGGAUGCACGCCACGAUGAUCAUUGCCGUGACUGUGCUGGACUCUCUUGUGACGCUUCUCACGACGUGGAAUGUCAUUCGUAACCAGUGGUUCUGGCUGGGUGUUCCUGUCGUGGAAAACCUCCCGAGCGGCAUGGCUUUUGUCAUUGGCACGUACGUGAUUGUGGAGCUAGCGGAGGAUGGCAACGAGGGCGCCGUGUACGGUCUGGUUGGGUCGGUCUCCAACCUUGCUAUUCCGUUCGCCAGCACCAUCACGAAGAAUGUGGACAGUGCAUUCGAUGUGGCCAACGCCGAUAUCGCCAGUGACACCACUCACGUGCGUUGGGAGGUGACCUACAUUCUAAUCAUUCGCUAUGCCAUGAAUCUGGCUGGUCUGCUCUUCCUGCCUCUGCUGCCCAAGCAGAAGGCUGAGACCAACGAGCUCAAGCGCAACGGAGGCUCCAGCCGCAUCCUGGGCUUGGUGACGGUCGUCUAUUUCACCUUCGCUCUUGUGUACUCCACCAUGGUCAACAUCAUGUCCAUCUUCCCGUCGACCUCGUGUCUACGUAUCGCCGGAGGAACCGGCUGCUAAAAUGCCAAAAGUAUACCCGUUAAAAGUCAUAAAAGCAACUUCAAUGUCACUCAAAAUGUCACUGUAUCGAGGCAAAAUAUGAGUGAUGGUCUCUCC